UCCCCAGAGAAUAAACUGGUUCGGAAGCUGUCCUCCGUGACGAAUGCAACCUAGCCCGCCCCUGGAAACCUCUCCCUUCAGCCUGCGGUUGGCGUGGCCAGCAUCUGGGCUCUGCCCUGGAGCUGGCUUCCCUUUUACUGAAGGUGCGUCUUCUGGCGCACUCCUGUUCUUGGGACUCUGCAGCAGACGGGUCCACAGGAAGCCGUGGAGAUGCUAGGGCGGGUGUGUUAGAGGAAAGGGGAGUGCGUGGGGAGAGAAUUGGUGCUUUUUCAUCGGACUGGAGGAAGCCCUGAAAAUGGAUGCCGACGAGGUGGCUUUUGCCUAAGCCCACGCACAGGGGCUGGUGUGUCUGCAGCAUCAUGCCACCAUGGAAUAUGUCCUCUUUGUGCUGUACUUCUCUUUCUUCCUGUGUCUCUGCGCCCUGGUGUGCCUGUACUUCUCUGGCUGCCAGGAGAUGACCUAUAAGCAUGAAGGUAGGCAGCUGGUUCGGGGUUUUGUGUUUUAAGGUUCUCUGGCAGUCCCUGGCUGUGGCCGACUGAUGCUCCUGCCUGUGACAGGUGGCUCUGUUGAAAAUGAUAGGAAGGUGAGAAGACAGGUGGCUGAGAGAGACUGGAUCCGGUUGGGGGGCUAUUUGUUUUGGGGGUACCUCCUCUUUUUCCCUCUGCUUCAUCGGACCCGCUGAGGAAGAGCACCUCUGUAUAU